AUGAACAUUGAAACUGAGAACAUCCCAAGGAAGCUCGAGGGUAAGUUUGGAGCUAUGGUGGUAUGUUGUAUCUUAGGAGUAGGACAACUUGUGGCAUGGAACACAAUACUCACUAUUUCCGAUUAUUACUAUCAAGUCUUCCCUGAGUAUCAUCCUUUAAGAGUUCUUACUCUAGUUUACCAGCCAUUUGUCCUUGGAACUAUAUUCAUCUUGGUUUUCAUGGGGAAAAAGAAGAAGAACCAGAAGCAAAUUGCUAUCGGUUAUACCAUUUUCUUCAUCGGCUCUCUUCUUUUGAUUAUUUUAGACGUGGCUACCAAAGGAGAAGGAACUCUAUUAGCAUACAUCUUUUUAUGUUCGAUUGUUGCAUGUUUUGGGAUGGCGAAUGCUCAUGUAGAAGGGGCCAUGCUCGGAGAACUUUCAUUCAUGUGUCCUGAGUUUAUUCAGUCAUUUGUCGCGGGUCUAGGCGUAGCCGGAGCCAUAACAUCUGCUUUGAGGCUUGUUACCAAAGCGGCAUUCGAUAAAUCUCCUAACGGUCUUCGAAAAGGCGCUUGUAGGUCACUUAACUAG